GUCAGGCAGCCCCUCGGCAGAAGCAGAGGGGUACCCGCUGUGCCGCUCCUCAUGACGUCAGAAGGAGGCCCCCCGGGGAACAAAAGGCCGCGUCGGAGCCUCUCGGCCAGGAAGACGGAGAACAAACCAUCCGGUUCCAUCGUCGCCUACUUUAACAAUGCGCCGCCGGCUAAGCUGGCCUGCCCCAUCUGUAGUAGCAUGGUGCCCAGAUACGACUUAAACCAGCACCUGGACGAAGGGUGUGCUGGCCCCCGCGGCCUCCCUCAGGGUGCUGUCCAGGCCGGCCCCGCAGAGGCCCCGGGGCACGCAGCACCCGGGAGGCUGUGGCCAGCCGGGGCGAGGGAUGCGGUCAGGGUCAGCGCCAGGCCACGCACCAGUCCCUACUUCACGCACGGCGAGGGCCUGGCGUGCAGCGAGCAGGACGAGCUGCGGAGUCCGCACGUCAGGGUCGUGUCCUUGGGAAGCCUGGCGUCCAAACUGUCCCGGAAAUGUGCGGGAGCCAGGGGGUCUGCCCACCGCAGCCCACCGAGCCCUAGAUCCGCCGGUGGUGACCACCACCCCGAAACCCGGGCCGAGCGUUUGGAGAGCGGCUCUCAGAAGGAAAACGUGUGCACGUGUAACUGUCUAGUGGGAGAGAGGACGGACGCCGAGGGCGCCAGGGUCCCCCGAAAAGAGUGUGGCCCCUCAGAACCUGCUCCCGUGCCGCUGUCCCCCAGCCCAGAAGAAAGCGGGCCGGCAGGUGCGGGAGCCCUGGCAGUCCUGCACGUGCACGAGCGGGCCCCUGGCAGUCCGGCACGCGACCCCGCUGCUGGGGGCAGCAUCCAGAACCUUCCUCUGGAGGGGGACAGGGGUGUCAGGAACCGAGGCGCUGGUGGCGAGCCUGGGGAGGCCCGCCGCACCGCGCCGCCUCCGUACUACCUGCAGAGUUUCCUGGUGGUGCUGCGAGCCGUGCUGGGGAACGCAGACGACAUGCUGCUCUUUGAUGAACACGAGAAGGCCACGGUCACUCGGUUCCUGGACCUCUCAGCUAGCGGUCAGAAGUUGUAUGUAAGGCUCUUUCAGCGUAAAUUAAGCUGGAUUAAGAAGAGUAAGUUAGAAUAUGAAGAGAUAGCUGCCGAUUUGACACCUGUGAUCGAAGAAUUGUGUCACGCUGGCUUUCUACAGACAGAAUCUGAGUUGCAAGAACUCUCCGAAGUGCUUGAACUCCUUUCUGCCCCUGAGCUGAAAACACUGGCCAAGACUUUCCACUUGGCGAAUCCCAAUGGGCAGAAGCAGCAGCUGGUGGACGCCUUUCUUAAGCUGGGCAGGCAGCGCUCGGUCUGCACGUGGGGCCAGGGGCAGCCUGCGAUCAGCCCAGUGAUCCUAAAAAGAGCCAAAGAACUGGCUGGUCCGUCCCUGCGGGUCUGUAAGGGGCCCAGGGCUGUGUUUUCCCGGAUCUUGCUGCUGUUCUCGUUGGCUGACUCUGUGGAAGAUGAAGAGGCGGCCUGUGGAGGGCAGGGUCAGCUCUCUACUGUCCUGUUGGUCAACCUGGGCCGCCUGGAGUUUCCCAGUUAUACCGUCAACCGGAAAACCCAAGUCUUCCAAGACAGAGAAGAUCUUAUCAGGUACACAGCCGCUGUGCACACGCUGAGUGACAUUUCCACUGCCAUGGCCAAUGGCAAUUGGGAAGAAGCCAGGGAGCUCUCGCAGGUCGCCAAAAGGGAGUGGAAUGAGCUGAAAAAUCACCCGUCCCUGAGGCGCCACGAGGAGUUGCCACUGUUCCUGCGCUGCUUCACCGUCGGGUGGGUUUACACGCGGAUCUUGUCUCGCACCGUGGAGAUACUGCAGAGACUUCACUUGUAUGAGGAAGCCGUCCAGGAACUCGAAAGCCUUCUGUCUCAGAAGAUCUACUGUCCAGACAGCAGAGGCCGCUGGUGGGACCGUCUGGCUCUUAACUUGCACCAGCACCUGAAACGCCUGGAACCGGCUAUCAAGUGCAUCGCUGAAGGGCUGGCAGACCCGGAAGUAAGGACGGGACACCGCCUGGCGCUUCACCAGAGAGCUGUGCGCCUGCGAGAGUCGGCGAGCUGUAAGCGGUUCAGGCACCUCCUCCGUGGGCUCCCCGAGGUGACGGUGGAGGAGGUCAAGCAUGUGACCAUCACGGGCAGGCUGUGCCCGCAGCGUGGGAUGGGCAAGUCUGUGUUCGUGCUGGAGACUGGUGCCGCCGCCUCCCCUACCACGGUCCUGUGCUCGGUGGAGGAGCUGGCGCUGGAACACUACAGGCGCAGCGGCUUUGACCAGGGGAUCCACGGGGAAGGGUCCACCUUCAGCACACUGUGUGGCCUCCUCCUGUGGGAUGUCAUCUUCAUGGAUGGAAUUCCCGACGUCUUCAGAAAUGCCUACCAGGCCUGCCCGCUGGACCUGUGCACGGACAGCUUCUUUGCGAGCCGGCGCCCGGCCCUCGAGGCCAGGCUGCAGCUGAUCCACAAUGCUUCUGCAGAGAGCCUGCGAGCCCAGGUGGCAGCCACGUGGCAGGCCCAGGAGGGCAGGGCGGCCGCGCUCGUCAGCUGGGAUCGCUUUGCUUCUCUCCAGCAAGCUCAGGAUCUCGUCUCCUGCCUGGGGGGCCCACUCCUCAGUGGUGUGUGCAGGCGCCUGGCUACGGACUUCCGACACUGCCGAGGGGGCCUCCCGGACCUGGUGGUGUGGAACUCCCAAAGUCAUCUUUUCAAGCUGGUGGAAGUGAAAGGCCCUAAUGAUCGCCUUUCACCUAAGCAGAUGAUCUGGCUGGACGAGCUGCAGCGGCUGGGCGCGGAUGUUGAGGUAUGCCACGUGGUUGCAGUUGGAGCCAAGGGCCAAGGCCCCAGCUGAAAGCCCCAGCAUUGGGACUCUGGUCAUACACCAUAGCAGAUCUUCAAAAGCACAGAGCGCCGUCUCAUCGUACUGAACUGCUGUUGCUGCUGGCAGGCCGAGGGCAUGACUGCUUAGCAACCCCUUGUAUAAUGCUGGCAUUGUUUACGUGAAAGUCCUCUGAUCCUACAUGGCAGCGAAUGAACUUUUCGGAAGGACAAGACCGUGGCACCAUUUGAGGAGCUGCAGGCUUCUGUUGUCAGGCUGUGCUAACAGCUGAAAUGAGGUCAGAACAGCUGCAGGGUUUCCAAUCCAAGUAGCAUGCUUCCUAAAAGUAAACUGGUAAUGGAGAUUCUUGGGCUUAUCAAAAUUUUUCUAUUACCACUUUACACAUCAGCUAUUAAACAUUCAUGUUUUACGUGUAUCCA